CUUAAAGGGGAGGACAGCAGAUCGCACAAGGGAAACCCAGCCCCUUGAAUCCACUCCGGCUUUACGGGAUGUAACAUGUUGAGCAUGUGAAAUGAAAUACGCCACAUCUUGAUCCGAACCUGACGUUGAUACACAAGGAGGACGCCCCGCUUCAGAGAGCCCCGCGUCGGUUCCCCCCUUCAACCCGUGCGGACAUGCCCUUUAAAGGAGCCUCCGCCAUGCAUGCACUGUCGGCAUAACACAACAGCGGGACCGCCAGCCUCCACAUCCCCAGCGCCCCUUCUCUGUCCGCCGCGUCAGCAGAGAGCGCCUCUCCCUUGCCAUGCCCCGGGUUAGCUCGCUGCUGCCCGCGCUGCUGUUCCUUGUCCUGCCGGGCCUGAGCCGGGGAUACUUCCCCGAGGAGCGCUGGAGCCCCGAGUCUCCGCUCCUCGCUCCCCGGGUCGUCAUCGCGCUGGUCUGCCGCAACUCGGCGCACUCCCUGCCGCUGUACCUCGGUGCCAUCGAGCGCCUCCGCUACCCGAAGGAGCGCGUUGCGCUGUGGGUGGCGACAGACCACAACAUAGAUAACACCACAGCCAUCCUGAGAGAUUGGCUCAUCAAGGUGCAGAAUGACUAUCACUAUGUGGAGUGGAGACCUGACGAUGAAUCCAGUGCCUUUGAAGACGAGGCGGGACCUAAGCACUGGAAUAAUCCCCGGUAUGAACAUGUGAUGAAGCUCCGUCAGGCAGCGCUGGACACCGCCCGCGAGAUCUGGGCCGACUACUUCCUGGUGGCUGACUGUGACAACCUGCUCACCAAUCAGGAUGUGUUGUGGAAACUGAUGACGGAGAACAACACCAUUGUAGCUCCCAUGCUGGAGUCCAGAGCAGCUUACUCCAACUUCUGGUGCGGCAUGACUUCACAGGGUUACUACAAGCGUACACCGGCCUACAUGCCUAUACGUAAGCAAGAGCGUCGUGGCUGUUUCGCUGUACCCAUGGUCCACUCUACCUACCUGGUGGACCUACGGAAAGAGGCCUCCCGUCGGCUGGCAUUUUAUCCACCUCACCCGGAGUACAGCUGGGCCCUGGAUGAUGUCAUCGUCUUUGCCUACUCAGCUCGCAUGGCAGAUGUGCAGAUGUAUGUGUGCAACAAAGAGACGUAUGGGUAUUUGCCGGUGCCGAUGCGCUCCCACGCAUCCUUGCAGGAUGAGGUGGAGAGCUUCUUGCACACACAGCUCGAGGUCAUGGUGAAAAAUCCUCCGUUGGAGCACUCAAGUUUCCUGUCUCUUCCUCCCAAGCAGCCUAACAAGAUGGGCUUUGAUGAGGUGUUCAUGAUAAAUCUGGUGCGGAGAGCUGAUCGUCGUGAGCGAAUGCUGAGAACUCUGUACGAGCAGGAGCUCAGCUGUAAGGUUGUUGCUGCUGUGGAUGGCAAAGCUCUGAACAAGUCUGAUGUUGAGUCUAUGGGGAUUAAGAUGCUUCCAGGGUACAAAGACCCUUAUCAUGGUAGACCUCUCACCAAGGGUGAACUGGGUUGUUUCCUCUCUCAUUACAACAUCUGGAAGGAGAUCGCCGACCGUGGGCUGCAGACAUCCCUGGUCAUCGAGGACGACCUCCGCUUCGAGGUUUUCUUCAAACAUCGUCUCCAGACUCUGCUGCAGGAGGUGACGACACACAAGCUGGACUGGGAUCUCAUUUACAUCGGACGGAAGCGCAUGCAGGUGGACCAUCCGGAGAAGUCUGUGCCCAACAUACACAAUCUGGUGGAGGCUGACUACUCCUACUGGACACUAGGCUACUUGUUGUCGUUACAAGGAGCUCAGAAGCUCCUCAGGGCCGAUCCACUGAGAAAGAUGCUUCCUGUCGACGAGUUCCUCCCUGUCAUGUACGACAAACAUCCAGUUUCCGAGUACAUGGACCACUUUGAGCGGCGGGACCUGCGUGCCUUCUCUGCCGAGCCUCUCCUGGUUUACCCGACCCAUUACACCGGAGACCAAGGCUACAUCAGCGACACGGAAACAUCGGUGGUUUGGGACAACGAAAAGGUCAAAACCGACUGGGACCGAGCCAAGUCGAGGAAAACUCAGGAGCAGGAGGAGCUGAGCUUUGAGGCCCAGAACUCGGACGUACUGCAGUCUGAACUGGAGAACUGGAGCGCGAGGGACGAGCUGUGAUGGAGAAGAGAAGUCGUUAGGGGGAGUGAGAGGGAACCCUGGCGUGCAGAGAUAAGGAUGAGCGGAGAUAGAACAAAGCUGUGAUCGUGGGGGGAAAUGGGAUAAGAUGGAAGGAAUAAAACAUAAAGCAGUAGAAGAGGGAGGGAAGGCAGAGCAGAUGGAAACAGGGUUGAGUGGGGACAGAUGCUUUCCUUUUACAUUUCUCUCUCCACUAUUUGAUCUCUUUUCUUAAAAGAGAAGGUUCGAUGUAGAGAUAACUCUUGAAGAGUCAGAUAGCAGCUUUUGUUUUAUUUAUGGCAUCCAAUGCACAUCCCUUGACCACAGCCUGGUCCAUUAAUAAUCCCAUUAUUUUUAUUAUAAUUUUGCCCAUCUUACAGUAUUGAAGUGCUUUUACAAAGCAGAAGAUCUUUCAGAUAUGCAGUAUUCCUCAAACACAACCUCUAAUGAUUGUGUGUGACAUUUCAACUGCCCAGCAGAAUUUCACAUUGCAUAAAUUCCCUAUAUAAAAGCUGAGGUGUGGUUUGGGUUAAAAAUGGGAUCUCAUAAAAAGAUGAUAUCACUUUGUUUUGGACUGACUUAAAAAAGUUCUCAUCAAACUAAUGCAACUUCUUAUCACUAGUUGCAUUUUCUCUAGUUGUGACGAGUUUUACUUUUAUAAUAGUAGUUAUAAUAGUCCCUCGAGAAGUAAAAUCGUCCAAUAAAUCAGGAGAAUGACAACAGAAGUGUAACUUUGUUUAGAUGAAAAACUCUUUGUUUUUCCUGCUUUCCUCUUCUUUUAAUCAUCUUGUGUCCCCAUUUUCAUUUUGUGAGGCCUUAUGGGGGCCCCGCCCCCAGGUUGGAAACCACUCUGUCUUCUUCUUCACCUUUCCUAGUGACUAGAAACUCCAUGCUGUUUACUUCCAAGUAGCUAGUGUCUUAUUUAUUUUACAUUUUUUAGGUUAUUACUUGACCUUACUUAUUUUUUCACUCGUGAAUGUAUUAGUGUUUUCCUUUAUUUUGCUUUUUUUAACACGUUACAUAUACAUAUUGCAGUUUUGACCCUAAACUUGCAGCCUUCGAUGCAUUUUGAUCAGAACGCUUCUCAUGUUUUGUCUCUCUUCAGUCUUUAUGAAGUCUUUUUUUUUUUUUUUACCAAAGAACAAAUAAAAUAUUUUAUAAUGAA